AUGCAAUAUAGUCAUUAUUCACAGUUGCAUUAGGAUUAUGUAUACUAAUAGAUAUAAAAAAACUUUAAAUGGCUUUCUUAUUAAUAGGUAUAAUAGAUAUCUCAUUGAUAAUACGAUAUUGGUUAAAAUUGGAAAUGUAGGAACUUAGUGAAGAAGCAUUAUAGCAGUAUUAUUAUAUAAAAGAUAUUAAAAAAUGUUGGAUAUAAAAUUAUUUUAUUAGGAAUAAUUAUAGAAGCAAUGCGUGAUUAAAUUAUUUAUGAAUAAUCUGAGAAAAAUAAGAAAAAGAAAGUAAAGAAAAUGAUAGAAGUUGAAGUAGAUGAAGAUGAAUUUAAAGUUAAAGAAGUUGGAACUUAAAAACUUGUUACCAAAUAAUCAGAAUAACUCAUCUAAUCUUCUAUUAAAUAAAAAGGAAAACAAGCCAAGAAAUGA